CCCAGACUCAUCCCAUCUCCCGGACACUGUUCCCCCAAAACCAAUUGGACCAGGCGCCCUUGAUUGAUUUCAUUUGGACUUACUGUACUCUCAGGUUUGAGUACAUAUCUAUUUGGAAAUACUUUGUUCCAUCAUCUUUUCCGCCGCGGCACUACGCAGCAGGGAGGUCCAACGAAACUAGUGCUGUGCAAUAGUUUGUUUGCUGGACUUGCUUGCUACCAUAACUGCUAUAAUAAUGCCAGCAGCGCCGAAACAGCGAAAGAUAGCUAUUGUUGGCAGUCGAUCUGUUGGGAAAUCUUCUCUUACAGUGCGAUUUGUCGAACACCAUUUCGUAGAGAGUUAUUACCCGACCAUCGAGAAUACGUUCAGCCGCAUCAUAAAAUUCAACGGCCAGGAUUUUGCAACGGAGAUUGUUGACACAGCUGGUCAAGAUGAGUAUAGCAUUCUGAAUUCUAAGCAUUUCAUUGGAAUCCAUGGAUACAUCAUUGUCUACUCGGUGGCUUCCCGACAAUCCUUUGACAUGGUCAGAGUUAUCCGAGAUAAGAUACUAAAUCAUCUUGGAGCAGACUAUGUGCCCCUCGUGAUUGUCGGAAAUAAAAGUGACCUCAAAGAUGAGCAACGCCAGGUAUCUCUAGACGAAGGCCGACAGCUGGUAGAAGAACUCCAUUGCGCGUUUACCGAGGCUAGCGCGCGUCUUGGCUACAACGUGGAUAGGGCUUUCGAUUUAAUGAUCGGGGAAAUCGAAAAGUCGCAAAAUCCAUCCCAGCCCACGGGAGGGAACAAGUGCAAUGUAAUGUGAAAUCUGGGGGUGUGUUCGAGCCGAAUAAUAAUCAGAACCAAGGCACUUGUAAACUGGGGCGCGUUGCUAAACUCCAUAACCAGGUCUUAACUUGGUGGGAUGUUGGGUGUCAUUCCGUUGUCCUUUUUCUAUUUAGCUUGCCUGUUGUGUUAAAUGACAAAGAGGGAUGGUUUAUCUUUGGCUAGUUCGUCGCUAAAAAUGCGCUCGUUUGAAACCGGUUGAAGACAUUGGUUUUGGCACCUGAAUUAUUCUGCAUGGGACCUGGCAGCAGCCCACUCACUAUCUUGCUUGCCGCUCAGAC